ACUCUCCCCGCCUGGUCCUUCCUCGCUUUCCGUCGUUUCUCUCCGAGUUCGCGUUUCUUCGUUCCGGACUCGGCUGCUCUCGGCCCGCUCUCGCUCGGUCUGGCUCGGUCUGGCUCGGUCUCGCUCGGCUCUCGUCGGUUCUGAUGGACGAGGCGGACUCGGCCUCGAAGGCGCUCGUACAGGAUGAACCGCCCAUCGACUCGUGUUCAGAGACCGAGUCUGAGGGAAACCUCGAGCUGGGACCCGAGUGCGACCCGAACUCACCCGAGGCCGAGGCGGCCUAUGCAGAGGUGACGGCUGUGACGGUGGCGGACGUUCAAGCUGGAGAGGACAACGUCUAUACCACGACGGUGGCCACGUCAGGAAGUCUCCCUGAACACGUGCUGAGCGGGAGGACAACCCUCCAGCUGGGUGACGGUCUCAGCACCCAGAAGGCCACCUUGAUCGUGGUUCACACCGACGCUGCAUCACUUGCAUCAGGCCGACAGACCCCGCCCACCCCGCUGACUCCGCCCCAGGACAAGGACUCCUGCUCCAAGUACAACUGGGACCCGUCGGUCUACAACAGCGAGCUGCCGGUCCGCUGCAGGAACAGCAGCGGGGUCCUCUACAAGACCCGACUGGGAUCAGGGGGCAAAGGUCGCUGCAUCAGACACAACCAGCAGUGGUUCACGCCCACUGAGUUCGAGGGUCUGGCGGGACGAGCGAGCAGCAAAGACUGGAAGAGGAGCAUCAGAUACGCUGGCAGACCUCUGCUCUGCCUCAUACAGGAGCGUAUCCUGAACCCCCACGCUGCUUCCUGCACCUGUGCAGCCUGCUGUGAUGACCUGACAGGGUGUUCAAAGGAUGGAGAGACUCUGGAAGCAGAAAACAUCAGUAUGACUGGUCCGGUCCGCCUCUUCGUCCCGUACAAGAGACGGAAGAAGGACAACGAGCCUCUGGUCACCUCCCCAAAAAAGGAGCAUCCUUCAACCAAAAACAUUACGCUGACCCCGGGUACCACAUUCACCGUGUCCCCGUCAGGACAGUUCACCACCUCGGGCACCUUGACCUUUGACCGCACGCCAUCAGGCGACGCCACCGCCGCCGCGGCCGCUGCUGCUGCCAUCAUCUCAGAGGGCUCGUCCCAGAGCGAGGUGUUCGCCAGCACAGCAGUCCUGACGGCGUUGCCGGCGCUGGCGGUGACCCCUCAGCCGGUCCAGGCCAAGAUGGCGAUGACGAUGGCGUCGGCGGUGGCAACGUCUCCGUCGGCGGCGCUGGUGAGCGGGCUGGAGGUGGGGCCGGUCGGGGUGGGGCCGGCUCUCAGCGAGGCGCAGAGGAACACCUGGCUCUACCUGGAGGAGAUGGCCGACACGCUGAUGAGCAACGUCCAGCAGCUGAAGGCUCUGAUCGAACAGGCCAAAAACACGACAGGGGUCAAAGGUCAGGGAGGCAGGAAGGAGUGUGGUCUCACUCAGUCGUUUCAGAACCAGAUCACGUUUCAGCAGCCGGACGACUUGGAGGCCAAGAGGAGCUCUGACAUCACAGAGAUCAUCAUCAAUCAGAUGUGUGUGAACUGCGGCCGCGUGGCGAUGAGCGAGUGUACGGGAUGUCACAAGGUCAACUACUGCUCCGCCUUCUGCCAGAGGAAGGACUGGAAGGAGCAUCAGCACACCUGCUGUCAAUCAUCAGGGGGCGUGUCUAUCCAGGAGGAGGAGCCAAUCACAGCCAUGGACAUGGACAAAGUGAAAUGAAGGUGUUCGAAGGACAGGAAGUCCUUAUAUGGUGCAAAGAGGAGGGCGCCUGUUCUAAAGACUUUAAAAUCUCCUCACCGGGACUUUUAUUGUGAAAGUUUUCCUCCAGAUCAGACAGGAAACGAAGGUCUGUGAUCUCCUGAGAGCCGAACUCUUUGUUCAUAAAGAGAGACAAGAUGGUUUGCAGAUAAUGAUUAUUUUUAUUAGCCAUUAAUCUGUCAAAGUUUUCUUGGUUCAUUAUUUUUUUAUUAACCUUAAUUAUGUUUUUUUAUGAUUAUUUCUUCUCCUCACAAAAUGUGUCUGUUUUCCCUAUUUAUGUUUAUGCUUAUGUCAUUUAAAACCCUGUCCAGACCGUCCUGGUUAAUAAAGGUCAAAAGAUUUAUAGUAAAAAUACUAUUAAAUUAUCCGAACCCUGGCCAAUACUUUAAGAUGAGUUAUCUGUUGUCUGUUUGGAGUUGUAUUUAUUAUUUUUUUAUUUUUAAAAGUCAAAUUUUAAAGGCUUUCUUUAUUCUUCGAGUUAAAAUAAACUGUUUUUUAUUAGUUUUUCUUUUUCUUUUACUUGUAAUUCAAAUUUAAGAGGCUUGAGAAAGACAGAAACUAAAAACCUUCAGCAGCUGUGAGUCCACAGUGAGGAUUAAACCAUUAAAUUAAACUGGAAUUCAAGUUUUUUCAUUCGUGUGACGUGCUUCAUGAUGAAUGGUCUCUGUCAGAAACCAGAACAUUUGAAUGGUGUCAUGUGAUUUGUGCGUUUCAGCCAAUCAGAUGUUGCGUCCACACAGUGGAUUUGAUGUUCGACUUUGAAGGAUUACAGGAGAGAAAGUGAGAUUCAUUUAUUUUGAUUUAAUUAGAAAAUAGUGAAAUUCAGGAGAGAAUUCUCAUGUUAAGUUCAUGUCGCACAGUUUACAUUCGGAUUCAUCUUUAUAGUUAUUAUGGCACUUCAUGUGACUAAUUUAUCUUUUAAAUUAAUUUAUUUUUAUUUUAUUUAUUUAAAUUUUGAACCCCAAAUUUCCUAAGCAAAAUAUAAAUCUAUUCUGGGUGUAUUUGGCUGGAAAGUUUGGCUGCGUUAUACUUUUGAUCUUGUGUAUCUGGUUUAUUAAAGUCGAUUUAUUUUUCUUAUUAUGCCGCGUUUCCCCUCCAGUGAAC